AUGUUACCAGAUAAAAAUGAAACUUGCAAGGGAUCACUCCUUCAAUUUGAUCGACUAAAUGCAGACAUCAAAAGAGAUAACGAUCUCCUAUCUACGACAACAACAUCUUCGAGAGUACGUCGGGGAGCUUUAAAUUUCGUAGGGAAUGUGGCCAAUGCAUUAUUUGGGGUUCUUGAUGACGAAUAUGCCAACCACAUGUCUACUACGAUAAACACCAUAAAACAAGAUGAAGGUCACAUAGUUACCCUUAUUCGAAACCAGACAUCAAUAAUUGACGCUACUAUAAAUAUAAUCAAAGCAAAUGAGCAAGAGACAAGUUCUCGUUUUGAUGCAAUAAACGAAAACCUGAAACAAUUCGCAGGAAUCGUUAAUGACAUAAGACAACAAUACCACAACGAAAGAUUGCGUCAACUGUUCAAUUCAAUAGCACUGCAGCUUUUAUUGGUUUCUUCACAGUUUCAAAGAACACAAGCCUCGUUAAUAGACGUAAUGAUCGAUACUCAUCAUGGGAGGAUAAAUCCUCAGCUCAUUUCUCCUAUUCAAUUAAAGCAGGAGUUUACACGGAUAAAGGCAAACCUACCUUCCUCAGUCAGACUUCCAGUAUCUGCAGCGGAGGUCCCAAAACUUUAUCACCUAAUGAGCAUUCAUGGCAAGGCUCUGAAAGAACACAUCAUCUUUAAAAUCGAAUUACCACUACUAAGUCUUGAUGAAUUCGAGCUCUUCAAAGUAACUCCUGUUCCAGUUCUUGUCGGAAAGUCAUUCUUUGCCAUUCAACCUUCAACCGAGUACAUAAUGAUCAACUUGCAUCGUGACCAGUACUAUCCUCUUUCAACAUUAGAGUUUCACGGAUGCUUCUCUAUCACUGAAGAAAGACAUUUAUGCCAUAUGCAGCGUCCGAUCUACAGACGUGGAUCAGAAGUAAGCUCAUGCGAAAUCAAUUUCUUAAACCAUGUUCAGCAAUCUCCUGCCUGCAAAGUGGUAAAAGCCAACGAUGGCCCACACUGGGUCCAACUGCACAAUCCAAAUGAAUGGAUAUACGCGUUAAGAGUCAAAACCACAUUAAAUAUAGUAUGUAAUAGCACUUCAACACAAACUGUAUUAGAGGGCUCUGGAAUUCUACAAAUUCAACCCGACUGCGUUUUAAAAGAUGACUUCAUAACAUUGCGUGGGCACCUCAUACAAAGAACGAUCUCCAGAAUGUCGCUCUCUCCAGCAAUAAAUCUAUCUGAAUACUCCUUACCAGACGAUAUGAGAAAAAUCUCUUAUGGGGAUUUGCCGUACAAAAAGCAUUUAAAGGAAUUAAAUGCACUAAAGCAAGAACUCAUUAAUAUCACCAAAGUCUUGCCCUCUAUAACUCAUCAUAAUGAUGUGCACCAUUUCACGGUGGGCUACACCGGGUUGAUCACGUCCAUCAUAAUACUCAUCUGCUUGAUACGAUGGUCAUAUUGUCACUACCGCAAACGCAACAAUGUAGCUCCAAAUGCCAAAACAAACACCAGUACAACAUCCGCAAAAAUCCAGGGCGACUACCCAAAUCCAAGUACCAUAACCUUCGAGAUGAUGGGAUAG